CUCUCCCGUUCUGUCCCCGCCUCUUUCUGCUUCUGCGCAUGUGCAGAGGAGGCGAGGAGCCCACAACAGACACAGAGAGGAACGGCUCCUUCUCGGUCGCCGCAAUGGCUACCACUCUGGCCAAGAUCGCCGAGAUAGAGGCCGAGAUGGCGCGGACGCAGAAGAAUAAGGCAACCGCGCACCACCUGGGGCUCCUCAAGGCGCGGCUGGCGAAACUGCGAAGGGAGCUGAUCACGCCGAAAGGUGGCGGCGGCAGCGGCACCGGAGAAGGUUUUGACGUGGCGAAGACAGGCGACGCACGUAUCGGCUUCGUGGGGUUCCCCUCGGUGGGGAAGUCGACGCUCCUGAGCAACCUGGCGGGGGUCUACUCCGAAGUGGCGGCGUACGAAUUCACCACCCUCACCACCGUCCCCGGCGUCAUACGCUACAAAGGUGCCAAGAUACAGCUCCUUGACCUCCCUGGGAUCAUCGAAGGCGCGAAGGAUGGGAAAGGAAGAGGCCGCCAGGUCAUCGCAGUGGCGCGCACCUGCAACCUGAUCCUGAUCGUCCUGGACGUCCUGAAACCCCUUGGCCACAAGAGGAUCAUAGAGAAUGAGCUGGAAGGGUUCGGGAUCCGCCUCAACAGCAAGCCCCCCAACAUCGGGUUCAAGAAGAAGGACAAGGGCGGCAUCAACCUCACCGCGACCUGUCCACAGAGCGAACUGGACGCCGAGACAGUCAAGAGCAUCCUGGCGGAGUACAAGAUCCACAACGCCGACGUCACACUGCGCAGCGACGUCACCGCCGACGACCUCAUCGACGUUGUGGAAGGCAACCGGGUCUACAUCCCUUGCAUUUACGUCCUGAACAAGAUUGACCAGAUCUCCAUCGAGGAGCUGGACAUCAUCUACAAAGUGCCGCAUUGCGUCCCGAUUUCGGCGCACCACCGAUGGAACUUUGAUGACCUUCUAGAGAAGAUCUGGGACUACCUUAAACUCGUCCGGAUUUACACCAAACCGAAAGGCCAGCUACCGGACUACACCUCGCCAGUGGUCUUGCCGGAUUCGCGGACGACGGUGGAGGACUUCUGCAUGAAGAUCCACAAGAACCUUAUCAAGGAGUUCAAAUAUGCGCUCGUCUGGGGAUUGUCCGUCAAACACAACCCUCAGAAAGUGGGCAAAGACCAUACUAUGGAAGACGAGGAUGUCAUCCAGAUUGUUAAGAAGUAAAGAGUCGUUAAAGUUAAAAAAAGGACAACGGCGAUGACUCUUCCCAGGCCGCCAAUCGGCGCCGCGUUUCCUUCCCGUAAUCUGCGCAAAGGACUGCCGUUCGUUUGUUUUCGAGCUGAUUAAAAUUCACGUUUUCACGGC